AUGUAUAUAAUGUCUCAUGCAAAUGAAACUCGAAUGCAAACAUUACAUGAUACAAAUAAAAAUCAUCCAACUGGAGAAAAUAUUGAUCCCGAAUUAUAUCAAUUAAAAAUUCAAUUAGCAGCUAUACAAGAACAACAACGUCUACAAACAUUAAUGAUCAAACAAUUUCAACAACAAUUAAAAGUUUAUCAACAAAAACAAAAUCAUGUUGAAAAUGAAGAAAAUGUUGAAACACAACAAACAUAUUCAUGUAAUAUUUGUAAUUAUAAUUUUUCUUCUCGAUCAAAUUUAAAAAUUCAUAUUGAACAACAUCGUGAUAAAUUACCAAAAGUAAUAUCACCAGUACCAAUUGACAAUAAUCAUGAAGAUGAAAAUAUCGAAGAAGAAGAAGCAGAUGGAGAAGAAGAAGAAGAAGAAGACGAAGACGACGAUAAACGUGGUUUAAUAAUUCAAACUGAAGAAGAUGAAAGAUCUGUAACAUCACCACUUGAUUUAUCAACUAGUGAUCAUUUAUCAUCAACAUCAAUUAAAUCCGAUGAAGAACAACAAAUACCAUCAUCAAUACAAUUUCAAAUGGAAGAACAUGAAGGUGAACCUGAAGAUCCAAAUAUGGCUAAAUUAAAAGAUAUGAUUGAAAAACUUGAACGAACAACAAAUAAAAGUGAUUCAAAUGAAUGUGUUGUUUGUAAACGUAUACUUUCAUGUCAAAGUGCACUUAAAAUGCACUAUCGUACACAUACAGGUGAACGUCCUUUUCGAUGUCGAAUAUGUUCUCGAGCAUUCUCUACUAAAGGAAAUCUUAAAACACAUAUGAAUGUUCAUCGUAUAUCAGAUGAUAAUGGCUCAAUAAAAUCAAAAUCUUGUUCAAUUUGUCAAAAACAAUUUAAUAAUAUUGAACAAUUACGUUUACAUUUAAAAGAUCAUCUUAUCGAUCCAAAUAAUGCAUCAUUAGCUGAAGAAGCUUUACGUGCAAUUGAUUCUGAACGUUCAUUAUCAAGUAUUGAUGAUGAAUCACAAAUUGAUGUUCAACGUGAUAAUCAAUCAAUUAAACGUGACGAACUUGAAGAAGAUGAUGAUACAAAAUCAUCAGCUAUAUCAAAUUCUUUAGCUGCAGCUAUAGCUGCUGCUGCAUCAACAUAUUCAAAUGGAAAUUUAACAAAUCAUUUAUCACCAUUUAAUUUAUUUAAUCCACAAUUUUUUCCAAAUUUAGCUGCUAGUACAUUUCCAUUUUUAGCUGCUGCUGCAGCAUUUAAUAAUUCAAAUACAUCUAUUAAUGAUGAACAUAAAGAUAAUAGUAUAAAUGAAAAUGGUGAAGAUUUAUCACAAACAUCAAAAAUGUUAGUUGAUGAUACAUUAAUAAAUAAUGAAAAAAAUCAUUUAAAACGUUCAUCAUCAAUAUUACAACAUAUAUGUAAUGUUUGUUCAAAAAAUUUUUCAUCUGCUUCAGCUUUACAAAUACAUAAUCGAACGCAUACUGGUGAAAAACCAUAUAAAUGUGACGUUUGUGGUCGAGCAUUUACAACAAAAGGAAAUUUAAAAGUUCAUACUGGUACACAUAUGUAUCAUACACAAACAAGUCCAACUAUGGUUAAUAGUGGAGUUGCAGCACGACAACGACGACGAUAUGAUUUUCAUCCAUAUUCAAUUAAUAUAACUGAUGUAGAAAAAACAAUAACAUCAUCGCCAUCAUCAACAAUAAUUAAAAGUGAAUCUUGAGAGAGAGAGAGAGAGAGAGAGAGAGAGAAUGAACAAAAACAAAAAGAUAAAAAAAAAAAUUUACUCCACUAUGGUCUUUCAUAUAACGAAACAAACUAAUGCGAUGAUGAGAAUGCAUUCCCUCAUAUUCUCUUUUUUCUUUUUUUCGUCGUUUUGUUUGUCUGUUUUUGGUGCUCUCGUGUUUCGUUUGUUUUUAACUCAGGUUUCUGUUUUCUUUUUUUGUCCUCCUUUUCGUUGUUGUGGUCAUGUGCGUGUGUACAGCAGUUAGCUUCUUUUUUUUUUCUCUUCGUUUUUGUGAACCGUGAAAAGAAAUGGCAUGAUUGUUACUGUUGAAAUUUAAAGUUUAUUCGUCUAUGAUACCUGUCGGAAUAAUAGGAGUUCUAAUUUGGUUUUUAUUUAGACAAAAGAUUGAUUAAAAGCUUCUAAUUUCAUUUUAUUGCCAUCAAUUAUAUUAAAACUUUAAGAAAUCCAA